UCAGAAAGAUGGAAAAAUGGCGGGUGGCACAAGUUGUUUUCCCUGCCUGGCGCCCACAAAGAAGGCCGUUUCCCCGUCUUUUAACAUCGUUCAUCGGUUGCAUAUGAGACAGUUGAGAGGCAGUUUACGUCCAACAGCCUGUACUUAUCCGGUCUGCCGCUCCUUAUUUGGCAAGAUUCCAGGCCGCCUUGGCAUUCCGCUCAAGAACAUCGUGGACACAACCUCGCUUCUUGAGGAAGGCCAUGUGUUUUUAGGCUUCAGCAAAGACGGCCAGUUUGUGCUUUCCUACACGCUCAACGUGGAUGCCGAUGAUGAGUCCUCAUUCCCAGUCUAUGUCUACCAGCUAUACUGGUGGAAGUUUAGAGACAACCAACCAAUGUACAAGGUGUCUGAGGUUCGUCUGUUCAAUGAGGAGGAGAUCCAACAGGAUCUGUACAUUGCUGUUUGCAGCUGGCCUACGGAUAGCUCCAAGGUCCUGGUCUAUGGCUGCUGUACGUCUUCCAAGCCACGCACUGAGGAGAAGCUGAUGUGCUAUGUGACCAUCACAGCUGUGCCUUCCCUGACACCUUGUCCAAAGUGCCUUCACCUCAAGUACAGUACUGAUAGCGACUACACCAUCCACACAGAUCCAGGGGUACCUGCAGAACUCCUGGAUGAGUUAUCGGCCACCUCAGGGGCUGCUGCUCCGCCCUGCUGCCUACAGCACAGUUUUGCCGUCCACACCAAGUACGAGCUGUCGCCCCCCUUUCCUUCCUUCUCCCCUAAGCACAGCCUGGCCAAGGACGGCGUUGUGGUCCUAAACACAGGGGACUCCAUUGUAGCCUUGGCAGUGAAUGUCGGGGACCAGGACCUGCCCUCAGGGAGCCUGUACUCCCCUCUCCUCACCCCUUCCCGGGGGUCCAGCACCCAUCGGUCUAGCUCCUAUGGGGUCAGCACACCUCGCCCUGGUGCUGGGGUAGAGCCAGACGAGGACCUGGAGGACAGUGCAGCAUACCCCCAGCAGAUCGAGAGACACAGCCGGGCCCUGGCUGCCAUGGAGCUAGACAGCUACCAGCUCUGCGACGAGUGGGACUAUCCUGAAAGCUCCCCAGCCAUGUUCCUGCAGGACUCGGACUUGGACGACGAGGCUGACAGGGACACAGAAGAGGACAAGCUCAUGCCCAGGGAACAGACACUGACGUUCGGCACGGCUGGCGGUGCUGAGAAUUGGAGCAAUGUCAACAGCGGUUACCUGAGCAGUUCGCUAGGCCAUCAGUCACAAAACCACCAGCAUCUUGCAGAACCGGGCCUGCCCUGGUGCACCUCGGAAGAUACCGGAGUGUCUUCCUCGGACCCUACAUCCUCAGCUGCUUUGCCUGAAAUACAAGUCACCGCUCACUCUCCCGAGGCUGCUGACCUGAAAAUCUCAGGUGUCACCGGAGACAGCUCUGAAAGUAGUGUCAUUAAUACUGACAGUUCGGAGGAACGUAACUCCAGAAGACAUUCGAGAGGCAAAAGCCAUUGCAGAGAUGCCGGCCCGUGCAAUCAGGCAGAAAUUCUGCCCCAGGUGGCAAGCCAAGAACAGGUGCACACCGGAGGAAACGUGGCACCGAAAACAAACCCCAUCAGCGGAGACAAGGGCACCCCCACGAACCAUUGCCUGGUGGGGCCCUACAUGAGCUGGAGUAGUCCACUACGGAGCGGGGGCUACACCGUGUCGGACCGAGGGAGCACUUGCGGGGAGGAUGGGGAACUGGGCAGCGAGAUUGAGCAGCAUUGCCCUUACCACCACCGAAUCACGGAAGGCAGCAUGCAGGGCAGCCAGCACACCAUGCAGGAGUGCACUUGCAGGCUGCAAGGUUUCACUUAUUCGGUUCGACGAUACGUGGAAAGAGCCCCCUACCAUGACUACCUGCAGGCCUUGGAGCAAGACACCUUCGACUACCACAGUAUGGUCCCACUGGUUGUGUGUGGUACCAAGAAGUCCCCGAUGGUGAUAACCAACAGGUGUCUAAUCAACGAGGGCUACCAUGUAGAAGUGAAGCAGCUGACAAUGGAUGCCGAACACUACCUCUGUGUCACCAUACGCACCUAUGCCCCCUGGGCCAAGCGUUACAUCUCCUUCACAGACUAUGAUAUGCAAAUAUUGGAUGUGUGUGGAGAUUCGUGCAGUGUGGUUGUCAUGGUGAUUGCCCUCAUCCGGGCGUGGCCAGAACCAACAGUGCCCCGGGAUGUCUUUGAGUUUGAUGACGACCCGACAAAUGAGACGCCCAAACUUUACGAGACAAGAUUCAAGUUCUCCUGGAAUCUGAAAACGGGUCAGUACCAGACUAUUGAGGUGGGGGAGUUGAAAGAAUUCAACCAAGCUGCUCUAUGCAAAAUGUGGAAUCCAGGUCGUGUGCUAUGCCAACGGAUGCAGCGUGAGUGGGCGGUUCCUCAGGCCCACGCUAGGGGGGUGCAUGUUCUUACCAAUGAGGCAGUAUUUAAAAACAAAUCUCUGAGGAAGCUGUUGGACCCUGUACACUACGUAGCCAUCGUGCUGACAUGAUCCAUUAUGGGACCCACAGACCCAACCUCUGUACCUGCUAUGCACAGUCCAUGGUGCUGACAUGAUCCCAUGGAGGGACCCACAGACCCAACCUCUGUACCUGCUAUGCACAGUCCAUGGUGCUGACAUGAUCCCAUGGAGGGACCCACAGACCCAACCUCUGUACCUGCUAUGCCCAGUGCAUGGAGCUGACAUGAUCCCAUGGAGGGACUCAUAGACCCAACCUCUGUACCUGCUAUGCCCAGUGCAUGGUGCUGACAUGAUCUACAGAAAUUGAAAAGAACUGCUCCCGACACUCGGUAUGUAGAAGACACAUACACGUCAGGUCACAGCAGUUAACACAUACUCCUGUACAGAGCUGAACGUAAAUCAUAAAUAACAUUAUAACAUUAUAAACUUUUUGCGUGAUCACAACAGUUCAGUUCAGUCCCCACGAAGCUCUCAGAAUAAAGUGUACUAUUCACAGCAUGAUACAUGUCAGGAGUAUGUAGGUCCACAUUUUUGUUCAGUUUCUGCAUUUUCAGAUUGGUUCCUGUUUAACAUUGUUAACAACUUGUUCAGUUUCUUGGAGUUUUCCACACUUCCAUUUCUUGCUUUUGUGUACACAUUCAGUGUAUUUUUUCUGAAUACAGGCGUCCAGAUUUAUUUAGGCUGCAGUGCUGUUUUUUGGGUGUUUUUAGUUCCAAAGAUUUUUGGAAGUGUAUUUGGUUGCUUCACCCAUGCUUGUCCCCUUCAUUAACCCUAACCCCUAGGGUGUAUGUAAAAUCAUAGUGAAAUCGGAGGAUUUGGGACUGUUAAACUCUACAAUACGUGAAGAUGUUACUAAAAUUCAUUGAAAACUGCAAACAGUACUAAAAGUCUCUUUCAGUGGAAGGCCGAGAUCCACUUUUAGCCAUUAAAACCAAGCCCAUUGUGUGUUCAAAUCUGCCUUCGUUUUGAACAGCAGUGUUAUCUCCAGUCCAUGUUUUUUUUUUACAACAGCCCAACCCUCUUGCUUUCAAAUUAUCUUCCUGACUAAACUUUUCUGCUGGUUUGUGUCAUAUCAUGUAAAUUCCCCCUCACAUAAAUUUAACAUCCUCUCAUGUGAUAGAAAAGAUUUUAACCACUUCGAUAUAUAUUGUGCGCCCAUGCAUUUUUGGUUUAAAACAAAUUAUGCACGCGAGUUUCUGUUAGAAUAACGCAUAAACUGAAGAUCUUAAAAGUAACCAACACAAUGUCAUAUUUUCGUUGUAAACAACAUACGAUGGUACCGGUGUUAAGAUAAAUGGCUUGUGUGUGUGUAUAUAUUAUGCAAACUUUCAUGUUGCAGGUGUGUGUAAUAAAUUUAUACAGCUUUGCAGUAUUUUCA